AUGAGUUCUCUAAAAGCAGCUAGAGCAGAUAAUUAUUACUAUCCUUAAGAUUGGGAUCCAUCAAAGGGAUCAUUAAAUAAAUUCUAAAAUUCUCAUCCUUUAGGAGAUCGUGCUAAAAAAAUAGAUUAAGGAAUUUUGGUUAUUAGAUAUGAGACACCAUUCCAUGUAAGAUGCCUAAAAUGCGACAACAUGAUUGCAAAAGGUGUUAGAUUUAAUGCUGAAAAAAGAAAAGUUGGAAAAUUCAUGAGCAGCACUAUUUGGGAGUUUAAAAUGAGAUGUCCUCAUUGCUCAAAUAAUAUUAUAGUGGAAACAGACCCAGAAAAUACAGACUACAAAUACAAAGAAGGUGCUAGAAGAAUUCUCAACACAGAAAAUGCUAAAACAGACGUCUAGUUCAUUCGUGAUGAUUCUGAAAAAGCUAAAAUUUAAGAAGACGCAUUUUAUAAUCUUGAAAAUAAGAAUUCUGAUUAAAAGGUAGCUGAAAUUGAGAAACCCAGAAUACAAUCUAUGAUGCAAAUGUCUAGUGACAGAUAUGAAAAUGAUUUUGACAACAACCUGUUAUUGAGAAAUAAGUUCAGAAAAGAGAAAAAGCAACUAGAAAAAAAAGAAGAAGAAGAUAAAAAAAAUGUAAAUUUUGUUUUGCCAAUAGCGCCUACUAGACAAACAGAUAUGAUUAGAGUUAAUAAUGCUCAUUUUAAAGGGCCUAAUAAUUACCAAAAGAAUAAAAUCGAAAAAAGAUCUGAAAUUCUAAGAGCUAACAUAUUUCAAGAUUAAAAACAAGAAGAAGUAAACAAAGUGUAUAAAAAAAUCGAUAAAUUGCCUAAAUCAACUUAAAUUAUGAUAAAAAAUUCCUUAAAGUUAAAUCAAAAGAGUUAAAAUUAAUUUAACAUUGUACAUAAAAAAUGA